AUGGCUACCUUCUUUCAGAGUGUACGUCAAGGUUUUGCUCGAGGCAAUACAAAAAGCAACCAGAACUUGAAGGGCCAGUACAACGGUUCCCAGUCUCCCAUUCAGCAAAACGCUCCUCCUCUGCCACCUCUGGUCAACUCGCCCUCAAUGUCGUCUACCUAUAGUCAAGAGAACAUAUACAAUGAGCAUGAGCCUAAGAAGUUCCUAAAUGAGAAAUACGCAAAGUGCUCCGUUAAGGGCAACUUCUUGACUCUGGCUGCUCAACCCAAAAAUGUUGAUUUAGGUGAAUGGCUGGCACAUCAACUUGUGGAAAUGAACCGUCUCCUUACCGGCAUGAUUCAAGUUAUACAAGAGGUAGACACAAAUACCGGUCAGCCUUUGUGCAACGAACACAGUUGUCCAACAAUGUCUGCGGGACGUCUCACAUACACCUGGCUCGAGAAUGGACGACCUGCCAAAAUCCCUGCUCCAUCUUACAUCGUUCGCGUUCAAAGAUGGAUUGUCGGCAAGAUUCAUGACCAGAAUGUCUUCCCCACCGACCCUCCUCCAACAAUUGCUGCCACAACCUACGCCUCGGGUGAUAUGGGCUCCAACCCUGCAAGUGCAACCACUCCCAUUGCUCUACCUCCUAGCAACCAAUCACUCACCUCACUUUCUGCUGGUCAAGACGAUUGGAUCGGUAAAGCUUCUGGAUUCCCUCAACAGUAUCACCAGGAUGUGAAGAGUAUCAUCAAGCAGAUGUUCCGCUGUUAUGCUCAUCUCUACCAUUGCCACUGGGACAGCCCCUUCUGGCACAUCAAUCGUCACUUGGAGUUGAACAGUUGUUUCGUCCACUUCAUCACUGUCGCCAUGUACUACGACUUGCUCCCCAAGAAAGACAUGGAACCUCUCCAGGGCUUGGUUGACAUCUUCGUUGCUCAGGGCGUCGUUCCCAAGGAAGCGGUCCAUCAGCAUGUUAGUUGA